UCAUACCACCACUAUCACCACCCAAACUGACAACAUUCAUUCUCCUCAUCUCAGCUUGGGUUGACUGGGAAUAUGUCUGUUCUCGGAAGGUAUGGUGGUGCACCUCUCCGUGCCCGAGAAUUAGCCCUCCCGUCAAUUCCCAUCCGAUCAACGUGUCGCUCGCGACCUUUUUCCGGCUUGAAUCGUCCGCCGCCAAAAUAUCCCAACCAUGUUCCGCUCAAUUUCCUCGAGAAGGGCUUUCUCACCGUAGGCUCUGCAUUGGGGUCUCUCCUGAAUCCUCGAAGAGCAGACCUAAUCGCAACCCUCGGCGAAGUCACAGCAACGCCAUACUUCAUCUACCGACUGCGCGAUGCAAUGCUCCAAGACCCAACCGGUCGCCAAAUCCUCCGCGACCGCCCCCGCAUAACUUCAACCACCCUGCGACUUCCCUACCUCCGCUCUCUACCCGAGAACUCCAUCGGCCGGACCUACGCCGCUUGGUUGGACAGAGAAGGCGUCAGCCCGGAUACCCGCGACAAUGUCCAAUACAUCGAUGACGAGGAAUGCGCGUACGUCAUGCAGCGGUACCGCGAGUGCCACGAUUUCUUCCAUGCGGUGACCGGGUUGCCGACCUUCGUGGAGGGCGAGCUGGCGCUCAAGGCGUUCGAGUUCCUGAAUACGGUGAUCCCCAUGACGGGGCUGAGUAUGUUUGCGGCGAUUCGGUUAAAGCCCGCAGAGCGCGAGAGGCUUUUUUCGUUGUAUCUGCCCUGGGCGGUGCGAAGCGGGUUACAGAGUAAAGAGCUGAUUAAUGUCUAUUGGGAGAAGAUUCUGGAGAAGGACGUGGAUGAGCUACGUGCGGAGUUUGGGAUUGAGAAGCCGCCGGAUAUGAGGGAGAUUCGGAAGAUGGUUAGGAUGCAGGAGAAGCGGGAGAAGGAGAGACUCGAGGGGAAGUCUGUAUAGUAUAGUAAUAAUGUGCGCUCUUACGGGCGAGGAACAUUGUGUGUAUUUUACCUUUUUUUUUUUUUUUUUUUUUUUU